AUGGAAAUGCCAAAGAGGCGUUCAAAAGCAAUGGAGAGCAAUAAUACUGAGGAAAAUUCUUUCCUUGGAAAUACACCAGUGGAAGACAAAACUAAGAAAUCUGAUGGUCAUGAUGAAGAGGGUACUUCCAUGGAGAUGGAAAUAAGCAAGUCUUCCUCAUCCAUGGAUAUCACAAUUCAGGGAGGACAUGGGUGGCUUGCUGAACCAGAGCAAACAAACACUUUGAUGCCGUCUUCUUCUACUGGAAAAGAUAGAGCCCUUGUCAAGCACACACAGGAGGAUGAGCUCCAAUCAGCUAAAGCUGAAAUGGGGGAGGUUAGAGAAGAAAAUGAAAGGUUAAAGCUGUUACUAUCGCGAAUCGUGAGGAAUUACCAGUCUCUUCAGAUGAAUUUUCUUGGCCUUCUUCAAAAAGAUGAAGAAGCUAAGAAAUCUAUGGAUCCUAGUAGUUCUGCUCGUGAUCAGUCGAACGAACAAGAUGAAGACGCUGACGAACUUGUGUCCCUUAGCCUUUGGAGAAGCUCAAGCACUGAUCAGCCCAGAAAGGAUGAACAGACGAAAAAGAAUAGCCAUUUCAGUAAAAAUGGGAAAGGUGACGAUGAAGAAGGGCUCAACGGAGCUGGACUUGCACUGGAGUUGGGCUGCAGAUUUGAGCCAGCUGCUGAUCAAUCAACUGAAGUUGUUAUGAAGAAUUCAAGCUCUCACAAUAGCUGCGGAGACCCCAAGGAAGACGACCCGACUGAGAUAUGGCCACCUAGCAAGACUUUGAAGACAACAAGAAGUGGGGAUGAUGAGGUUUCACAACAAACCCAUUUGAAGAAAGCUAGGGUUUCUGUCAGAGCUAGAUGCGAUGCUCCAACGAUGAAUGAUGGAUGUCAAUGGAGAAAAUAUGGACAGAAAAUAGCAAAAGGAAAUCCGUGCCCACGAGCGUACUACCGCUGCACUGUCUCACCAUCCUGCCCUGUGAGAAAACAGGUCCAAAGAUGUGCUGAUGACAUGUCCAUACUAAUCACAACCUACGAAGGAAGCCACAACCAUCCACUUCCUAUGUCAGCCACAGCCAUGGCCUCCACCACCUCCGCCGCGGCUUCCAUGCUUCAGUCUCACUCCUCUACCUCCCAACAAGGCCACACCGCCAUGGCACCCAUCUCUGCCUCCACCAACCUCCAAGGACUAAACUUCAGUACAAGUACUCUCUCCCAAAAUUCAAGACUACCACAACACUUCUAUUUCCCCAACAGUUCAAUCUCAACCACAAAUUCCCACCCAACCAUCACUCUUGAUCUUACUGCUCCAUCUCCCUCUCACUUUGGAAGAUUUCCUGCAGCUGUCUUCUCUUCCAACCCAAGAUAUCCCUCCACAUGUCUCAAUUUUUCCUCAUCUCCCUCCUCUUCUUUAGACCACAACAACCACACAUUGCAGUUGCAAGCACCUUGGAACAACAAUCACACAGCAGCUGGCUAUUUGAACUACGGGAAUAGAGUACUUAACCAAGUUGGGUCAGCCCCAAGCAUGGGAAAGCAAUCAAUAUUUCAAGAACCUAAUAAUUUGUACCAAUCUUACAUACAAAAUCAGAAGCCUCCUCCUCCUCCUCUUCCUCCCCCUCCGUAUCAGCAGUUGAUGUUGACAGAGACAAUAGCCUCUGCAACAAAAGCAAUCACAUCAAACCCUAAAUUCCAAUCAGCAUUAGCAGCUGCACUCACAUCUUUUGUUGGUACUAAUAAUGGGGGUAGUGCUACUACUGGGGUCACAGAAAAUCCUCAUCAUCAUCGGCAUCAAAGUAGCACUUCUACAGAAAGUGGGCUGAAAUUGAAGUGGGCUGAAUCUUUUACAACAAAUCCAAUCUACCCACCAAGCCCAAAUGGAAUAGGGUGCGCAUCAAGCUACUUGAACAAAUCUUCGUGAUUAUUGAUUCGUAUUAUCUUCCUUAGAUACAAGCCAGUCUUGGAGCAGGGAUGGUGUAAUGUAAAUUAAUUAAGACUAAUACAGGUUGUAAAAUUUUAUGUUAAUUACAGAAUUCACAUUAUUAUAAUCUA